GAGAAGUUUGAACCGAGAGUCGGGAGAUCGUCAGAUCGCCACCGAGAGGCAAGAUGGCGAGGCAUGGAUCCGGUGUGCCUGUGUACGUGAUGAUGCCUCUCGACAGCGCCGAGCUGGUGAAAUCCGAAUCGGGGCAAUGGAUGCUGAGUUUGUGUCUGAAGAGGCUUAAAGAUGCAGGAGUCGAAGGAGUGAUGAUGGAUGUCUGGUGGGGGCUCGUUGAGAAGACCGCCCCCGGUGUAUACGACUGGUCGUUGUACGAUAGGCUGGUGAAAGUGAUCCAAGAUAAUGAUCUGAAACUCCAAGCGGUGAUGUCCUUCCAUCAAUGCGGAGGCAACAUUGGCGACGGGGUCUAUAUCCCUCUACCUGACUGGGUUCUCGAGGAGUCUCACAGGAAUCCCGACAUAUUCUACACCGAUCAAUCGGGAUGGCGUAACCCUGAAUAUAUUUCUCUCGGGUGCGAUACUCUGCCAGUGAUUCGCGGGAGGACUCCCGUGCAAUGCUACUCGGAUUACAUGACCAGCUUCCGAGAGAACUACAAGUCCGUUCUGGGAGACGUCAUCGUCGAGAUUCAAGUCGGUAUGGGACCAGCUGGAGAGCUGAGGUAUCCAGCGUACCCGCAGUCCGAGAAUCAGUGGACGUUCCCGGGAAUCGGCGAGCUGCAAUGCUACGACAAGUACAUGGUGACGAGCUUGCAGGCGAAGGCCACCAGCGUCGGGAAGCCGCAGUAUGGCAAGAUUCCGACCGAUGCAGGCACCUACAACCAGCUCCCGCAGGACACCGGGUUCUGGAAGGACAACGGAACGUGGAAAACUGCAUACGGCCAGUUCUUCCUGUCGUGGUACUCGGACCAGCUGCUGGCACACGGAGAAAGAAUUCUGACAGUGGCGAACAGGGUCUUCAAAAACAAGGGAGUCGUGCUCUCGGCCAAAAUCUCCGGAAUCCAUUGGCACUACAAAACUCCAUCGCACGCUGCAGAGUGCGGCGUGGGGUACUACAACACCGAGAAGAGGAAUGGGUACCUGCCCUUCGCUCGGCUGUUCGCCAGGCAGAACACCGUGUUCAAUUUCACCUGCCUCGAGAUGAAAGAUUCGCAGCAGGAUGCCGUCGCCAACAGCAGCCCUGAGACUCUGAUCAAGCAAGUAGCCGCCUCUUGCAGGAAGGCUGACAUCCGAAUGUCCGGCGAGAAUGCUCUGGCCGUGUUCGACGACGCCUCGUACGAUCAGAUUUCCGAAACCGCUUCUCUGCAGUUCGAUGGUGACAAUGUGGGAGGUGACACGAUCGUGUCGUUCACGUACUUGAGGCUCAGUGAGGAUCUAUUCACCGGCGAGAACUGGUCCAAUUUUGAGGAGUUUGUUGCUAAGAUGUCAGAGGUUUCGUCUGCCAGUGUCAACCAGUCAGGAUUUAGAUCGAAAAUCUAAUGCAGCAUGAAAUCCGAAGAACUUCUGAUCAGAGUCAAAUUUUGAGCUAAGAGAGGUUAAGAUUGUCGUCCAUGACAGCCCCGAUGGCGCUACUUACUUAUCAGAAGGACCACACGGAUCGGGUGUGCCCUGUCCAAUCCCAUGUCUACGGUGCGAGCACACAUGUCUCUGUGCUCAGGACCUGAUGUAAUCUAUCUGUAAAUCUAGCUUUUGUUCUCUAUCCUGUCGAGACGGGCUUCUGCACUUUAUCACAUCAUGGUACGUGCAGGAAAAAUAUUUCGAGAUAUGAGAAAGUCACUUCAUGAAAGCUUCUACGGUCUAAUCUGGUUAAACUCUUCGCCAGGAUUACCAGCGACUCAAUUUGAUAGCAAAAACAGGGAGAUCGAAUUAUUAGAGAGUAGAACAGAGAAUAAAAGAUUUCUUUUGUGGGACUUUCUCAGAACUUAAUAAAAUCUUCAAGAAA